UUUUCCUAGGUGAGUUGUGAAUGUGCCUAGGAAUUAUCUCCACUCUAAAUUAAUUUCUUUAUUUGCAAAAUCAAAUAGUUAAGUUUUCCUUCUUCAGUGCCCUGUUGUUUGAUUUUGGCUUCCAUUUUCAUAAUUCCAUCCAGAUAUUCACAUAAUCCUCAUACUUUCCAAAAUUUUAAGACAGCUCGUCAAAACAUAAUUACUACUAUAAAACCACACCUGAAAUUGCAAUCCCACUUAAAUCUUGUCCGAUUUUUUGCUGUAUUCAUAGCACACAGGGAGAGGCUCCUGUUUCCAUUGCUGUUGGAGGCGCAAACAAGAGAGUAAAAAAAAAAAGAGGAAAGAACCCGGAAAAGUUUUAGGCUGAAAGGUAAAAAAGAAGUAGAAGUUAAUGGAAGAAUGGAGAGAGUUAAGAGUUGAUGAGGGUGAUGGGAAUGCUAAAGGGAAUUGUGGGUUCGGUUUUGAUCUUGAUUUUGAAAUAGAGAAAUGUCGUUUUGAUUCAUGUAAGGAGAGACUCAGGGGUUUGUUUGAUCAAGUGCUUGUUGGUUUUAUGAGUGAGAAGUCUGGUGGCAAGAGCAUUAGGCCUAUUCCGGCGUUGUGUGGUGAUGGGCGGCCGGUUGAUUUGCUUAAACUUUUUUGGGUGGUGAGGAAAAUUGGUGGACAUGAUGUUGUUUCGAGAAAUAACUUGUGGGGAUUUGUCUCGGAAGAAUGUGGAUUAGGAUUCCGGGUGAUUCCAUCCAUUAAGUUGAUUUAUAUGAAGUAUUUGAAGGAGUUGGAUCAAUGGCUACAGCAAGUGUUCAGCAAGAGAGAUUUGGAGGAUGGACAAAAUGGACUUGUCCAAAAAUUGGAUUUGUUGUCUCGGGAGUUGGAAACUAGGUUUAGAGGUGAGUUAAGGGACGGGCAGGAGCAAGGGAAGCAAGAGAAAGUAGGCAACUUUGUGAAACAUGCUAAGGACAGGGCAAACGUGUUAUGCAGUGGUGCUGAUCACUCUCGGCUAUCUGUUGGAAGGGUUGCUGAGGGUAUCAUUUGUAAGGCACAUGGCAAUAUAGACAGCAGCAUUGAUGAUUAUUUUACAGAAUCAACCAAGAAGAUGGUAAGAAAGGCUGUGAAUGAAUCAAAUGGUUUUUGUAAAGGAGAAAUCGAUGAUGAUGGUGGAAAGUCUUGCGAUGAAGACAGCGAUAACAUUGUGGCAUCAGCAAAGAAAGUCAUUGAGAAAGUUAUCAACAAAAUCCUUAAUUGUGGAGAAACUGUUGCUGUUGCUGCUGUUGAUGAUGAAAGAUUUUCUGUCCAAGAUAAUACUGAUCUUUGUGUGGUAGCUAAGAAAGUUGUCAAGAAAGUGAUUAGUAAAACACAUGAUCUUUCUGACAACACUACUCAUGAUAAAGAUAGAGUCAGUGUUGAACAGAGCACUGAUACAGCUAUUCUAGCCAGAAGUGACGUCGGAGAUGUGCUGGAUUCUAGGAAGAGAAAAAGACAAUCGCAUUCCUCUAGAGGAAUGCUAAACUGGUUGAAAGAUGUCGCAAAACAUCCCAAUGAUCCUUCACUUGGUAUACCAGAAUGUUCCAAGAUGAGUGACUAUGGGAAUGAAGAGUUGUGGGUCCAAGCUCUGUUAGUUCGAGAAGCAUUGCUGAUACAAAGACCUGCUACAAAAGGAGGUGAAAAUCUCCUGAAGGAUCAGCAGAAGAAGCCAAGAAUGCAUCCUUCAAUGUACGAGGAUGAUGUUCCCAGUCACCAAUCUACAGAAAAACUAAGAUGCAGCAAGAGGGUACCUUCUUCGACAAAAUCUUACUUAUGUCCAUGUUGCAGUUCAUCUUCAGCCCCUCAAAGCAAGGACAUUGUUCAUCAAGCGGCAGAAGCAGGAAAUAGCCCGAAAACACCUGCGAAAUUAGUCAUUGCAGAUGUUGAGGAACCACCUAUAAACUCGAAUGAACAUAAGUCGUCUGAUGUGCCAGCUGAGAAACAAGUUUCUCUGGGUCCUCUCUUUCAAGCUGAAGUUCCAGAGUGGACUGGCGUGCAUGCUGAGAGCGACUCCAAGUGGCUGGGCACAAGAAUGUGGGCUCCGGAAGACGGUGAGAGAAACUCGACAAAUCAAUUGGAUCCCAUUGGGAAGGGAAGGCAGCAGCAGUGCAAUUGCCCAUUUCCCGAUUCUGUUGAAUGUGUUAGGUUCCAUAUUGCCGAGAAGCGUUUUAAACUAAAACAAGAACUUGGUUUGCUCUUCUAUCGUUGGCGAUUCGAUCGCAUGGGUGAGGAGGUUUCCCUUUCUUGGACCGAAGAAGAGGAAAAGCGAUUCAAGGAUAUGAUGAGGUCAUACGCUGCUUUCUCAAACAAGUUCUGGAACACUGCUUCAAGAUUCUUACCUUCCAAGACGCGGGAAAAACUAGUCAGCUACUACUUCAACGUUUUCCUUGUCCAGCGCAGAAGUUAUCAGAACCGUGUAACUCCAAAAGACAUUGACAGUGAUGAUGACGAAAAAGAAUGCGGGUCGAUAGGCAGUAGUUUUGGAUACCGAGCGCUCUAUACACCCGGCCCAAAGUUGAUAUCAUGCACCCUGAAUAAGGAGUCCACCGAAUUUGUGUAGUCAAAUCAAAAGGUUUGUGCUUUCUUCUGCAGCCCAUACAGAAUUACUUUCUCUAUUAUGUUUUGUUACAGUAUUCUAUAUUUAUCAAUCUAGACUCAUACAACAAACUACAUAUAGCGAUUUGGUGUUUGAAGAAGUUGUCUUGUUGAAUUCUGGAUUGUGGUAGAUCAUCGUAAAGCUUUCAUGUUCCGAGAGCAACAAUUUUGAAAUAGCUUUUUGGUCAAUCCAUGUAAUGAUAACUCUGGUUCCCUUGUAAAUACUUCCUAGUGACUGUCAAAUGCCAGAUUUUCCGA